GAAUGUCACGUAUGCCAAUGGUAUUUGAAACUGUUAAAUUAAUAUUCGGUAAAGAACCAAGCAAAAGUGUCAACCCUGAUGAAGCUGUUGCUCUUGGGGCUGCGGUUCAAGGUGGAGUACUUUUGGGAACCGUUAAGGAUGUUCUGCUUCUUGAUGUUACUCCACUUUCUUUGGGUAUCGAAACAUUAGGUAAUGUUUUUGCGCGAUUAAUUAAUCGUAAUACAACAAUUCCAACUAAAAAAUCUCAAGUAUUUUCAACUGCAUCUGACGGUCAAACACAAGUUGAUGUCCGUGUUUAUCAAGGUGAACGCGAUUUUUGUCGUGACAAUAAACUCUUAGGGAACUUCCAAUUAGAUGGUAUUCCACCUGCACCUAAAGGUGUACCACAGGUUGAAGUGACAUUUGAUAUUGAUGCCGAUGGUAUUGUGAAUGUAUCAGCAAAAGAUAAGGCUACAGAUCGUGAUCAAUCAAUAACUAUUGUAGCUUCAUCAGGUCUUACCAGCAAUGAAAUCAACAAGAUGAUAGAUGAGGCUGAAAAGUUUGCUGAAUCAGAUGCAAAACGUAAAAACGUCAUUGAGGCAGCUAAUCAUGCAGAAUCAGCGAUUCAUGAAACAGAGAAAAAUUUAGAUCGAUUCAAAAAUGAAGUGGAUGCUGAGGGUGUCACUAAGCUUAAAGAAAAAAUAGAGAAAUUAAGAGAUGUAGUUGCAAAAGGAGAAGAUGCAAAUGCUGAAGAAAUUAGACAAGAGAUGCAUGAAUUACAGCAACAAAGCAUUAAAUUGUUUGAAGUAUUACAUACCAAACAACAAUCAACUAGUCAAUCACCUUCUGAAGGUAAAGAACCUUCCGAUUCACAAUCGUCAUCACCACCACCAGGUUCUUUUUAA